UUAAAAUGACACUCAAAUCGUCGCCAACUUCCAGUCUCUCUUCCACUUGUCAUUCUUUGCUUAUCGAACCCUUCUUUCAAACUGGUCAAAGAAUCCCAAUCAAAAUUUUCUCGAUUCGACCCAUAAAAAACACAAAUUUUCCCGAGAAAAAAAAAAACCCCCAAAACAUUUUCCCGAGAAAAUGUGUCCUGAACCCUAAUUGGUGAUUCUGGGACGAUGAAGUCUAUCCCCUGGCCUUGUCUGAAAUUCAAGCCGCAUCGAAACUAUCUCUCCAACUUUUAAUGGAACGAGAUCGAGCCCAGCCUGCAGAGCCGAAGAAGAGCGAUCUCGAAAAUGUGAAGGUGAUCGAAUGGGAGGAAUUCGAGCAAGAGAUUGUGAGGUUAUGGAGUCUUUCUUCUGCUCUCAGCGAAGCUCAGGACAAGAAGCAAAGUAUUCAGCGGAAUCUCGAGUCUCUCAUUGAGGUUGAAGCUGAGUCAUUGAGACGAUCAAAUGAGCUUGAGGAGAUGCAGCAGAAACUGGAGGCCAGAAAAAUGGUGAUGGGAAACAUGUCAAGGUAUUCUAUGUUUGCUGUGGAGGAUACAAAAAAGAAAGAGGAGCAACUUAGUAUAGAGCUUAGGUCACUUUUGGUUGCUGGGACAGCUCUAUCUGUUGCUAGGAAGCGGUUGGAGGAGUCAAAUCAGCUACUAUCCUGUGACAAGGGGUAUGUUAAUCUUAAAAACUUGCAAAAGAUGCUAAGAAGGCGACAACAACAUAUGAUAUCACAAGUUUCAUUGCUAUAUCCUGUAAAGUUCACUAUGGGUCCUGCACAAGAACAGGAACUUGAAUCAUUUCCUAACACUAGUAGAUCAGGUAAUUCUGCUCGAUUUAAACCUGCAAAUCAAGGAACAUUGACAAUUUUAGGUCUCCAUUUGACAAUGCUGCCUUUUAAAAUGAUGAGUUUUUUCACUGACAAAAAGGAGGUUCAGAGGUCUGCAACAGCCCUUGGAUAUGUCAGUCAUGCUGUCUUACUUAUAGCUUCGUACUUAAAAGUUCCAUUGCGUUAUCCAUUGCGUUUGGGUGGUUCCCAUUCCUAUAUUAUUGAUUAUGGACCAUCCGUAGAGCCUACUUCAUCUGAUGUGUCGUCACAUACAGUGGUUUCAAUGGAUGUGAAGCAUGUGGAGUUCCCUCUUUUUCUAGAUGGCCAAGACACAACGAGAGCCGCUUAUGCUCUAUUCUUACUCAACAAGGUACAAAUUUGUUCAUGUCUUAUGCCUUGGGGUCCAUAACACCUAUUCAGAUUAGAGUAAUUCCUAUUAUUUGGUGUGUGGUUAUUAUCUUUUCAUUUGUUUGACAUUUGUGCAUUUGUGUGCGCUAAAGUUGUCCUUUUGAAUGGGCUUUUCGGUAAUGGUAACCUUGGUAACUUAAGUUAUUUACAACAAAGUUUACCCUGAUACCCAAUUAAUGUAGAAUAGAGAGAGAAAGUAGAAGAGAUGAAGAAAGAGUACAAGAGAGGGAGAAUGGAGUUGUUGUUAGCAGUCCAAAAUACUUAUCCUGUGCUCCUCCGUAUUGGAAAAAAUAAAGGUAAGUGAACAAUGACAAUUUUGGAGCGCUAAGAACAAUUCCUAGAGAGAAGAGGAGCAUAACUAGAACAAGUAGACUUUUUUAUUAAAUCAAAAUUCUCCAUAAUUAUCGAUCAACAUGCCAGUCUGAAAUCUGAUUACGGAAAGGCUAUUUAUAUAGGCAAAUCUCAAAUUGACAAAUUACCUUAAUGCCUGGAUAUAUACUCAAACAACACCAUAGAUCCGAAUAAUUAAACACAGAAUCAUUUCAUAUAUAGUUAAAUAAGUGAAUUAUUCAUCAAUUCUUACAUUCUAGUUCAAAUUUAUAAAAAAUUAACGUGGAUCUAGUUUUAAGACUUGUGCAAACGCUUAAUAUAGUAUUAGUGUUCUAACGUCAUCCUUCUGUACUUGUCUUUCUUCUGCUAACCCACCUAAAUCUGUACUGUACUUUCUUCUUUUUGUUUUGCUUUGCUUCAUGUACUAUCUUAACCAUUAAAAUUGUCACGCUUGGCUAUAUUGACCGUAGCAUUGCUUUUGUUAGUGUAGGAUUUAGAGCAGCUUUUGAAUUACAUUGGCGUUAAGAGCUUAGGACCGCGUCAUGUCCUAGCCAAUUUGAAGGAGCUUGUAAGGACAAUUCAGUCUGUAGAUUAUAUAGAUACGUGAGAUCUCCAGUACCAGUUUUGGGUGUAAGUUAAUUUGACUUUGUAAAUGAAGUAAUUGUAUUCUUACCCUGGUGCAAGUUUUUAGUGCAGCACCUUUUAUUUAUACCAAUCCAGAUUUUUAUAUC